UUGGCGUCCAAAGUCGUGCGCGUCAUGCGCGAGCACGAUAUCGUUCGACGCGGGGACGUCGUCGUCGCGUGCGUCAGCGGCGGCCCGGACUCGGUCGCGCUGUUACACCUCCUUCGCGAGCUGAGCGACGAGUGGAACCUCGCCGUGCACGUGUUACACUGCAACCACGGCAAGCGGUCCGCGUCCGAGGAGGAGGAGACGUUCGUCGUGGAGAUGUGCGAACGUUUAGGCGUCGACGUGCACGUGAGGAGACCGGAGGCGCCGUGGGGGAGCUCGCACUUCCAAGAGCGCGCGCGCGAGUGGCGAAGGAAAGAAGCGAGGGCGCUCGCGCGCGACGUCGACGCGCGCGUGAUCCUGCAAGCCCACCACUGGGACGACCAGGUCGAGACGAUCCUGCUCAAGAUCCUCCGCGGGUGCCACCUUUCGAACAUCAAAGGCAUGAUGUACGUGAACGGCGACGUCGGAAGGCCUCUAUUAGACUGCAGAAAGGACGAGCUCGUGCGGUACUUGCGCGCUCGCGGCGUCGACUCCCGCGUCGACGAGAGCAACGACGACGCGACGUUCUCGAGGAACAAAAUACGCCACGAGCUCGUGCCGCUGCUGCGGGAG